CGAUCCAGUUGCUUUACUUUAAUCUAACUUUAAGCCACGUGUUUUCGCCCUUUUUCCUUCAAAUUUUCUUAAUGCUUAUUAUUUCCAUUUUUUCUAAAAUGAAAGAUUCUUGGGAUUGUCGACCACCGUCCUUCUGAGCUGUGACUUACACGAUUGCACCCGAAGGUCACCCACUCGGGCCCUCCCCCUACCUCUCUCCUUUAUUCCAAUGCUUACACGCCGACAAAAUCCAACAAAGCAAUCCACUAUCUCCCCCCUCUUGGCUGGCCCCCUUCUAUGAUAAAAGUCCUCGGACGCUCCUCUAACUCUUCCCCUUUCUUUUUAUUUCCUCUUUGCUAAUCACUUUGCUUUUCCCUUCAUUGUUCUUUCUUUGUUUCCAUGAGUUUCUUUGUAGAGGAUCCAGGGCUAAUUGCAACCCAUCUUCUAUACAAAACAGCUGUUGUUUUAGCAGUGUUAAGAUGGGUCUUGUCUUGGGCUCUUAGGUUUAAAGACAUAAGCUGCUUCUUCACCAAUAGUUUUUCAUCUCACUCCCAAAACAACUCUUCUUCUUCUUCUUCCUCAGUUUCUUCACAAAUGAUGGGAGACAGUCUGGUACUGACAACCUUUGAAGAUGCUAAAGAAAGGGUGACUUGUGUUUCUGACACGUGUGCAGUUUGCUUGGGUCGGCUGAAGGAAGGUGAUGAGGUCCGAGAACUUACUAACUGCUGCCACGUGUUCCAUAAAGAUUGCAUUGACAGAUGGGUUGACUAUGAUCAAGAUCACGACCAUGAUUUUGAUCAUGAUCAUAACAACGAUCAUGAAGAUAAUCACAAGACUUGCCCACUUUGUAGGGCCCCUUUACUCACUUUUUCUCAUAGCUUGGACUGGCCUAAGAAUGAACCCAGCUGGGCCGUUGAGCGGCUACUCUACUUAUUUGGGGAUGAUCUCCUUCCUUGAUCCACUAAAUUUUCUAUAAAUUUUUUCCCUCUUUUCACAUAUUGUUUGCUCAUUUGAUCAUUGAAAUAGAGCUUAGCACAAUAAUUAUUGUAUAUUUAGCAGUCAGUUGAUAGUUUGGGCAUGAUCAAUUUUGUUCUUUGGGGUAGGCCACAAAGUAGAGAAACAAAACAGUCAAGUGGUCUAAACUCUAUAAGCUUGACCCUCGGAGUAGCUGAAUACAUAAAACCUAAAACCUUUGACAAAUGUGUCUUCUUUUAACUUACCCAUUUUCUUAAAGUUUCAAACAACCAUACUUUCUUUUUGCUCCCAAUUAUGGUAAUUUAUGUUGAUUCCGCCACAUCAUCAUUGGGCAUGUAGACGAUGAGCUUCCCACUCUUUAAUUAAUAAUCAACAAAAAAAUAAAAAUAGACCAAAAGUAAAUACCUAAAACUUUAGUCAGAAGGAGUUUUUCACGAGUGAGUGAGUUGGGAUCUUUGGUCAAAGGAAAGUUUCGAUUGAUAAUUUUUGAGUUUAAGUGGUAGUUAUUAUUAUCAUUUUUUUUAAUCUGGCUUUCUCUUGGCCGCACAUAAUAAUUCACUUUAUAUAAAGUUUUUCUUUUUAUUAUUUUCUAAAUAGUACCUGCUUUAGUUCAAGACUUUAAUUAAUGAGUUAAAUUAACUGCUAAGGAAGUAUACAAAAAUUUAGCGGACCA